UGGGGAACUAAAUGGGGAAAUUAACAUGGGUGCGCGAAUGCCACAUUACAAAAGGAUUCAGUCAUAUCAAAGAUGUAUUCUGGAAGCCGAGCAAAGAUGUCCAAAUAAUGAGAAGGGAUGAAACAAAAAGUAUUCGGCGAGGGAGUUCGAGCGUAACGCGUGGUUGCCUGGUGGGAGUAUUUACAGAUGGAAUUGUAGAAGCCGUUAUUUAAGUUCCACGAGCGAGGAGUGAGGCGGUGUUGAAGAUGGAGCUCGCUAUGAAAGUUGUGCAUAUUGCAGCUGGAGAAUGCCACAACUUGCUUUUAACAGACGAUGGACGCAUUUAUGCAUGGGGGAAAGGUAUGUUUGGGCGCUUAGGGACUGGGGAAGAUAGAGAUGAGCUUCUACCUGCCAACAUUCCAAUAAAGAUGUAUCGAUAUGGAGAUCAAUCGGGCAACGCUAGCGUUGUUUCUGAUGAUGUCAAGAUUGUGGGGAUUGCAGCAGGGGCAUACCACAACCUUGCUUUGUCCGAUGAUGGUUUGAUUUGGUCAUGGGGAUACAAUGUCUAUGGCCAGCUUGGUCACAAAGAUGAAAUGAAUUCAGUCCCAUGCCUUGUUGAGGAGAUUAUUGAAGAAGGUUCAACAGAAUUUAUAUCUGAGAAUACAGAGAGAGAUAAGGCUAAAAGGGAAUUGAAGGCUGUUGCCAUCAAGGCAGGAGGAAUGAUGUCACUUGCAAUUGAUCAACAUGGGAUCCUUUGGAUAUGGGGACGCUGUCCUAUGCCAUCAAAUGAAAACAAUAAUGAGAUAUUUCAUCUUUCUUUUAUUUCUAAUCCACAACCUGUUCAAGGUUUCCAAGGCUAUUCUGUUUCUAAAGUAGCUUGUGGUAAUGAACAUGUCUUGGCCUUAGUUAAUCAUGGAUCGACUGUCACGGAAGAGCAUCUAAUAUGCUAUGCUUGGGGCAGUAAUACACAUGGUCAAUUAGGUUUAGGUAAUAAAGAUGGUAGAUUAAUUCCCCAACCCCUAACAACUUUCAAUCAGCCAUUUACUGGAAUGCCAUUUGCCAUUGCCUGUGGGGCAUUCCAUAGUGCUGUGCUCACAUCACUAAAUCAGUAUGCAGUGCUUUGCUCUGAAUCAGUUGAAGCUUCUCAGUAUGGUAAUGUAUGCUCACAUGGAGAAGGUAGCUUAUGUUGGACGUUUGGACUUGGUGAGAAUGGCCAACUUGGACAUGGAACUUCUGAGAACAAGCUGUUGCCUGAAUCUGUUGAUCAAUUGCCAAAACCUAUCUCACUCAAGCUGGUUGAGUGUGGAUUAUUCCAUACCUGUGUCUUCUCAGAAUCAGGUUAUGGUUGGGUCUGGGGAAUGGAGAGGGGUCUUGGUCUUUGCCCUAACAUUGGGCCACCAGGUGUAGGUGGCGGAGAUGCACUGUAUCCUUUGAAAAUAGUAGAUGAGAGGUCAGAUAAUUUGUUAAUUUCUGCUCCUGUUGAAGUGGGUUGUGGUGCUGCUCAUACUGUUCUAGUUUCAGAUAAUGGUUUCAAGCUUUGGGCUUGGGGUCGUGGACAGAAUGGUGUUUUAGGAAGAGGAAACACACUAGAUAGUUUGGUUCCUUGCCUGGUUAGCUGGCCACCACCAACUGUGGUGCACAAAAUUGAUGCCAAUAAGGGGCUUAUAGAGGGGAGUGAAAAAGAGAUAUGGGACAAGUUAACAAAAACAGAAGAUGACACUGGCCCAGAUGAACAUGCAUAUUUGGCUAAACUUAGGCUGAUGGAGUUGGGGAAUAGAUUGUCUCAAGCAGAGGAAGAAGUGCAGUUUCUAAGGGAUAAGCUGGGAACAGUCGAUCACUAUGCCAAUAUUCUACAUUGUACUAUUUUUGGUAACCAUCACCCUGGUCAUACUAUGAUGCAGAUGGUCAAUAAGCAUAAUGCAGUUGAUAUUCAGGAAGAAUGGGAUAAAAUCAUGGAGUUGGCUAGCAACAGUGAUCUUAUUCGCAUGGAAGCUUUCUACAGGACUAUGCGCUCUAAGGUGAAAGACAUCAUAAUGAAAAGGAAGAUAAAUGAGUGGACUAAUCAAUGUUUGAAUUCAUUUAGCUCAGGGUCAGCCAGUAAUAACUAAAGCAAGCUGUUCUGAUUCUAUUCUGAAUUGUAAGGUGCUUAUUGAGAAAUGAAUGGUGCUUGUAUUGAAAAGUGGAUGAUGCUUGUUAGCAAUGUAUUAACAUAAAUUAGAGCUAAAGGGUCUUCCAAUGACAAUGAGACAUUUACUUUCCUUUCUUUUAUAUCUUGGACAGCAUGCUGCUUACCUAUAAACUGUCCAUAACAUACUGUUCUACCAUUUUAUCUACUUUAUUCAUUCAUGUUUUGUGUUUC